AUGUGCGUUCGAUACGUAGACGAUUCUUCUAGAGAUAGUAUAUUCAUCAGAGAAGAUUUUUUAGAGUUUGUGCAUGUAAAAGAUGUGAUGGCUUCAGCGUUGGCCAACACCAUCAUGCAAUGUAUAAUGACUCUUGGAUUAGAUAUGGAGAUGCUAGUAGGAAAAGGAUAUGAUGACGCUGCUAUGAUGAGUGGUCAAUAUCGAGGAGUGCGCACAAUAAUCUCAGAGAAAUACCCAAAAGCUCAGUUCAUCCAUUGUGCAGCCCAUACUUUAAAUUUGGUUUUGGCACACUCUUGUAAAAUAUCGAUGAUUCGAAACUGUAUUGGUACUUUUAAGACUGUAAUAAAUUUUUUUAGACAAUCCGCGAUGCAUGAUGGACUACUUAAAGAUGCAGCAGAGUUAGCUAGAGCUACUCACGCUAAUCUGUUUGUAGUAUCGCUGUUCAUUUUGCGAAAAGUUUUCAGCUUUACAUCAAAUCUAAAUAAAGUUCUUCAAACUAAAAAUAUUGAUUUGAUCGAAGCGUGCAACUAUGUAGGUAUCGUUAAAAAAACAUUAGAAGACAUACGAAACGAUGAAGAAUUUUUAAAAAUUGUAACAGAUUCUAAAGAAUUUUUAGGUAUUGAGACUCACUUCCAGCACCUACAAUCACAAACAGACAAAAAGGACGAAGCAAUAAUCCUUGAACUAGCAGCCAGAUUUUCUAAUCAUCAUGAACAGAUCGGGAACCUCCAGAUCUUACUGCCAAAAUGUAUGAAAAAUAAGUAUGAUGCUAUAAACAAAUUGUCAGACAUCCAUAAGAUGUAUCUUCUAAAUGAAAAACUUGAUAAUCUGUUGUGUGAGUAUCAAUUAUGGACCAAGAAGUGGGAAGAAAUAAGUGAUGACUUAAAUGAGUUAAAUUCAAUUAACACAUUGGAAAAGUGUGACAAACAGUUUUUUCCUCUCAUUUAUAAUGUUCUUAAAAUUUUAGCUACUCUUUCUGUGUCUACUGUAACUGCGGAACGUUCCUUUUCUACGUUAAAGUGCUUAAAGACGUAUUUACAAAAUACCAUUAGUCAAGAGCGACUUACUGGACUAGCUCUUCUAAAUAUUUAUAGAGAUGUAAUUGUUGAUCCUUUACUCAUUGUGAACAAACUAACACAACGUAGGUAG